AUGAAAAAGGAUUUUCCAUACGGUCAAAGUGCCAUUGAACAAGAAGCAUCAUCAUCGUUGGAUAGAGGAAAGAAGAAGAAAGGUCCCCGCGCACAGCACAACACCGAUGUGUGUAACGAUGGCAAGAAACAACGUGAUACAUUAUGUAAAAGCGUUUGCUCUAAUAGAACAUCAGAAGGAAAUGUUAAUCGAAUUAUUACCUCGCAAAAGUACUAA